GAUGUUAGGACUAGGUCGUUUCUCAAUUAAUUGUUGCAACUUUUGGGCAACAAAUGAAUAUUUUAAAUAUGACCAAAAAAAAUAUCCAUUUGUUUAAACUUUUAGAAAAUAGGAAGUACUCCCUCCGUAACAUAUUAACUGCAACGAUUGGACAUUUUUUCUUUUUACUUUAUGUCAAAUCGUUGUAGUUAAUGCGAUAUGGACUAAUACCUGGCAAAUGGGUUAAAAUCGAUCGAUCGGGUCAAUAGCAGGUCGGUCAAUAUUAUUAAUGGAAUUUUGGAUGAAAAAUGUGAUUUCGUCAAAAAUGGACUUUGAAUUCUACUUUUCGAUUUCGGGUUCGGUCAAAUGGGUCGGUCAGUUGGUACUGCAACAAAUGGGUUAGCACGGUUUCCAAGGCAAAUAAGGUAAGUGGGGUUUAAUGGUAUGAUUAAGGGAUAAGAGGAGAGAGAAAACGCGUGGAGAGCAAUACUACAACCACCCAUCUCGAGCAGCUGCCGCCGCGAAACAGCUCCACCCACCUCCAGCCGCCGGCGCAAAAUAGCUCCACCCGCCUCAAGUCACCGACGCGAAACACCUCCACCCUAAACCCCAAAUCGAACCACCCUUUCUCCAUUCAUUCAUCUUUAUCUAAUUUUUUUUUCAGAUUCCAUCUUAAAUGGCAUCUUACCGGUCUUCUCUCUCUCUCUCUUUCCUCCAUUACAUCAAGGUUAGUCUUCCGAAGAGAACAGGCCCUUAGAGCCUUUAAAUACCAAUAUUUGAUGUCAUUUUACCAUACAAUAAGUUCAGUUUAAUUCAAUUUAGUUCAGUUCAAUUCAACUCAGUUCAGUAAAUAAAAACGAGCCAUAGUAAUCCAGAAUUCUUAUUCACCUUUUGCCAUCAUUACACCUAGCUGAUCUAAUUCGUAUUUUCCGAAUCUCUUUGACUCUUCUCUCUCAUUUUCCCUCUGUAUUAACUGCAUGCAUCAACUCAAGUUUUCUCUUUGACUCUUCUCUCUCAUUCAAACCUCUUUUGCUUCGAGCGUAGCACUCUGCCAUUUUCGCUUGCGUCGGAACACUGUUUAUACAGUACACUAUCAAUCUAUCAAUCAAACUUUCCAAUUUUUUUGAGUCAUGGCAUUAAAGCUAUUAAAACCAAAUAGUGAUUUAUUGAAAGGCAGUGAGAAGAUUGAGAAGAGUGGGAUGAAACGGAAAAGAAGUCUUGAAAGCAGCGCCUCAUCCAAGCCAGUAGAAAUGUCAACGACAAACCGUCAAUGGAGUAUCGGAGAACUUAAUUUGGGUAAGAGAGUACUAAAGGAGUACUCAACAAAUGGGUUUCAUUACAACCAUGGAGGUGAUUAUUGGAACCUGCAAAUUUGGUUGGAAUUUCUAGCUCGAUACAAUUCUCUGGCACGGCAACAAUCCUUGCCGGUGCUGAAUGGCACAGAAUUUCUCGAUCUGGGAAAACGUCUCCAAAGUGAAUAUUGUUUGGCCAGAAAGAGGGCCAAAUCUUAUGGCCAUACAGAUAUGGAAGAUGUAUUCAGCCCUUGUCCUAAUUGCCAGAAGAGGAUCCCUGUCUUCCCAAAACAUCUUCUGAGCGGAUCAAAUUCCCUCUCCAAUACCCCUUCCGAAGCUUUUGGCAAUGACUCAAACAAUGGUGGCGGGCAGGAACUCAACAGUGAUGGUGGUCGAUCGAAAAUCGUUGAACAAAAGGUGAAGGAAAUGUGGUUGGCUGAUCACUUAUUAGAUCAGCAUGUUGUUGAGCUCUUUUCAGCGCCCGAAUUGCGUGAAGAUGUAUGGUAUGACUUCCUGUUAGAUGAUACCAUACCAAUCAACCGAAAAUCCCGAUUGUUGAUUGUAAAGUUUUGUGGUGGUGCUAGUACCUCUAGGCAGUAGAUGAUGAUGCUUGCCAAGGAUGCUGCUGCUGAUGCUUGGUUGGGAUGUUUCUGCUCAGAUGCUGCUGCUGCUGAUGUUAUAUGUAUUUUAUGAGGAUUUUUUGUAAUUCGGAUUUGUUUGAUGCUGAUGUUAUGGAUUUGUUUUAUGAGGAUUUGUUUAAUGAUUAAUAAAUAAGAUACGU